GUGGUUGCCGGUGGUGUGGGGUUUCUUAAAACUGUUCCCUGCAGAGCCAGUCAGCAGCCAACAUGUCUAACAGAAACAAUAACAAGCUGCCCAGCAACCUGCCGCAGCUACAGAAUCUGAUCAAGUGGGAUCUGCCAGCCUACGUUGAGGAGUUUCUACAGCAGUAUAAUCACUACAAAUCCAAUGUGGAGAUUUUCAAAUUACAACCAAACAAACCUAGCAAAGAACUGGCAGAGCUGGUGAUGUUUAUGGCACAGAUUGGUCACUGCUAUCCAGAACAUUUAAGUAAUUUUCCUCAAGAGCUGAAAGAUCUUCUCUCCUAUAAUCACACUGUCUUGGAUCCAGAUCUUCGAAUGACAUUUUGCAAAGCUUUGAUCUUGCUGAGAAAUAAGAAUCUCAUCAAUCCAUCAAGUUUGCUAGAACUCUUCUUUGAGCUUCUGCGUUGCCCUGAUAAGCUUCUGCGAAAGACUUUAUACACACAUAUUGUCACUGAUAUCAAGAAUAUAAAUGCAAAACACAAGAACAAUAAAGUGAAUAUAGUGUUGCAGAAUUUCAUGUACACCAUGUUAAGAGAUAGCAAUGCAACUGCAGCCAAGAUAUCUUUGGAUGUGAUGAUUGAACUCUACAGAAGAAACAUCUGGAAUGAUGCCAAAACUGUCAAUGUGAUCACAACUGCAUGUUUCUCUAAGGUCACCAAGAUAUUAGUUGCUGCUUUGAUAUUUUUCCUUGGGAAAGAUGAAGAGGAAAAACAGGACAGCGACUCAGAAUCUGAGGAUGAAGGACCAACAGCAAGAGACCUGCUAGUGCAAUAUGCCACAGGGAAGAAAAGCUCCAAACACAAGAAAAGGUUGGAAAAGGCUAUGAAAGUGCUCAAGAAACAAAAAAAGAAGAAGAAAUCAGAGGUCUUUAACUUUUCAGCUAUUCAUUUGAUUCAUGAUCCCCAAGAUUUUGCAGAAAAACUACUAAAGCAGCUAGAGAGCUCUAUGGAGAGGUUUGAGGUGAAAAUGAUGCUCAUGAACCUCAUCUCGAGAUUGGUGGGAGUUCACAAGCUUUUUCUCUUCUAUCCAUUUGUGCAAAGGUUUCUGCAGCCCCACCAAAGAGAAGUAACAAAGAUCUUUCUGUUUGCUGCCCAAGCAUCUCAUCACUUAGUACCCCCAGAGAUCAUUCAGUCAGUGCUCAUGACUGUGGCCAACAAUUUUGUCACCAACAAGAACUCUGGGGAGGUCAUGACAGUAGGAAUCAAUGCUAUAAAAGAGGUAAGAGCUCAAUGUCCUCUAGCCGUGACUGAAGAACUUCUCCAAGACCUGGCUCAGUAUAAAACACACAGUAAGAAUGUGAUGAUGUCUGCUAGAACUUUGAUUCAACUCUUCCGAACACUGAAUCCUAAGAUGUUGCAGAAGAAAUUCCGGGGUAAGCCUACAGGGGCUUCCAUAGAAGCAAGAGUGCAAGAAUAUGGAGAAUUAGAUGCUAAAAAUUACAUUCCAGGAGCAGAAAUUCUAGAAGUUGAAAAAGAAGAGGAUGCUGAAAACGAUGAAGAUGGGUGGGAAAGUACUAAUCUCAGUGAGGAGGCAGAUGCCGAUGGUGAGUGGGUUGAUGUGCACUGCUCUUCUGAUGAAGAACAGCAAGAAAUAUCCAAGAAGCUCAACAGCAUGCCCAUGGAGGAGCGGAAACCCAAAGCUGCAGCCAUUAGCACGAGCCAAGUUUUAACUCAGGAAGACUUCCAGAAAAUCCGCAUGGCCCAAAUGAGGAAAGAACUCGACGCUGCCCCAGGGAAAGCCCAAAAGAGGAAAUAUAUUGAAAUUGAUAGUGAUGAGGAUCCCAGGGGUGAGUUACUUUCUCUUCGGGACAUUGAACGCCUUCAUAAGAAGCCAAAGUCUGACAAGGAGACAAGACUAGCAACGGCAAUGGCUGGAAAGACAGAUUGAAAAGAAUUUGUGAGGAAGAAAACCAAAAUGAACCCAUUUUCCAGUUCCACAAAUAAAGAGAAGAAAAAACAGAAGAACUUUAUGGUGAUGCGAUAUAGCCAUAAUGUCCGGUCAAAAAACAAGUGCUCCUUCUGAGAAAAGCAGCUGGCACUACGAGAUGCACUUUUGAAAAAGAGAAAAAGAAUGAAGUAAUCUCCAAGCAAAUUUUCCAUUCCAAGAAGAAUGCUAAAUUUGUAUCAUUAUUUUGAAAAUUAGUUAAUCAAAAAUAUUUAUUUACAUUAAAAAGUCCUGAAGCACUAUAUUGUGAAAAACAUAGUAAA